AUGGCAGACCAAGAUAAAAUCGAGAAACAAGACCUGCUGGAGGAUGAAUCCGAAGGGAAGUUCGAAAGUAGUGGUGGAGUGACUCCCACCGAUAAGUCAACUCGUCCAUUCAAGAGAUGGAUGGACAGCUUUCGAGCACGGAAGCACGAGUCCCCCGUAUUCCAACCGCGCUUUGUGGAGGGCUGGUCAGAUUCAUCUUCCCAUGGCUCGCAAGGUCACCAGUCGAGCACAUCCCACCAGUCGAGUGCAUCCCAUCAGUCGAGUACGUCCCAUCAGUCGAGUACAUCCGGCUCAUCGCAGCUCGGAACCGUCAAAACAAUCGCAGGAAGCAUUGGAAGUCAGAGUUUGAUAAGAUCGAGGACAACUAUUCACAGCGCAACAAACCAGAGCACACGAUCAGAUGUGCGUCAUUCUGGUGACAGCUCUCGGCCAAGCUCAAGUCACCAUGUUGAUGAAGCCGCGGAGACACGGUCCACCAGACGGCGCCAUAUCCUACAGGAACUUGUCGAAACAGAGUCUGAUUAUGUACUUGGUCUGAAGGCUCUUAUCGGGAUCCUUACGAUCUUUAGCACGAGGCGCGAGAUCUAUGACAACAUCCAGGAGAUCCUCGGAAUACAUGAACGCUUUUUGACUCAGCUUCAGGCGGUAUCUCCCUUGUCGGCGCCUCAAGCUCAACAGGCAGGCGCCUCUGAUCUUACAUCUCGCGGGAUUACCAAGCGUAUAGGGACCCUUGAUGUGGGUGGCCUAAGGGGGCUUCAGCAACGAUCUUUGAGGACCCGUUCACUCAAGGCGUCGAUCAACCAACGCCUCAUGGCACUCAACGCUGAACCAACAGAGGUGCUGGAAGUUGCUCGUGAGUUUGAAAAAUUGUUACUUUCAUUCCCUGUGUAUGACCAAUUUUGCAGCAACUAUGAACUAUUGACACAGGAUGUUGCUCUCUUACGCCGGUCAAUUGCCAACUGGACAAUAUACGAUCAAGGGAUCGAGGCGCUUUCGAAAUCGGUGGCAUCCACAGAGCGACGCAGGCAGGAGAACAACAAGUCAAUGACGUUGAAUGAUUUGUUAAUCAAGCCCAUCCAACGUCUUUGCAAAUACCCCCUUGUGUUACAAGAUCUGCUCAGAGCUACCCCUGUCAGUGACUGUCCGUCUGCCCAUGACGGAAUUGAACAAGUUUUGGAUAAUAUACGGGUGCUGGUGACACGGAUCAAUUUAGCAGCUGGAAACCCGAUCAACAAAGAUCGCAUUCAAAAGACAAUCGCUCUCCAGGGUAAGGUGGAUAUCUCGAAAUCGUACGCACUCCAAGAUAUAUAUAAAGACUUAGGCCCACUAGUCUUGUGCGGUGUGCUCCAUGUCACAUAUCAAACGGCCGAAACCACCAUUGGAGAGUUCAUGGUCUGUGUGCUUUUUCGCCGCUAUUUUCUCUUCGCCAAGGGAACUGAUGGGUUGCAUCGACUGGAAGCAGUGGCAUGUAUCUAUCUAGACAGUCUCAAGAUUGAUACGCUUCAAAAUGGACGAGGGCUGUAUUGCUACGGAUGUUUAUUUUCUUGGAAGCUCCUGUUCCAAGACCAAGAUGAGGACUACGAAUUCGUCCUCAGUGCAUCAUCGGCAACAGAAGAGAAGCUAUGGAAUACUGAGAUCCUCAAAAUGUCCGCCGCUUUGGUCGAAACGGCUCAGCCCAGGACGUGGCAGCCAGGAAAGCAUUCUUUUCUGGCCCUCCCACUGGUCCCUUUAGACCAUGUUCAGUACACAGUGUCUUCCAUGGCGCGGAGGUCGAUGGAUUCAACGACCAUGACUCGCAAGUCUCACGUUCAACAUGUAGUCAUCAAGAAAACACACUACCCGCGCCACACCGAAGAACCAGCCACACAGGCCGAAGGUGAGAUUGAACGGCCCAAGACACUUGUUGAUCGCUCCAUAUUUACAUUGACUGCUCGCCGAAUCGACCGAAUCCGGCUGGAACGACUAAUCUCGGAGGUCUACACCGGGGAUCUCCUUCCAUCACCAGGAAUGGUUCUCGGAAGGGGUGAUCUCUUCCGACGUGGUUCGAUCAUGAGACGGCUCAGCCUUCGCCCGGGGUUCACCAGACCGUCCAGCGCCGAAGGUACCUUCUAUUCAAGAACAGCAUCGACUGAGAUGCACCCCGACAAAGAGAGCGAUGCAAUGGACAAGGAGGAAAUAGGCGGCAGCGAGAUAGGGGAGGAUAAGGAAGUCGAGUUUGAGCUGCCUCAGACACCCCCCACCACGCCUCGGCGGUCCACAUUCCUUUUCAAAAGCUCACCUAAGCCCGCAUCGUCGGUUUCCUCACCUCGCAGCGAGAAGCGACGGAGCCAGGAUGGGAGUGCCGAGUCAUCUCCGUCUUCCAAGAAAUGGUCGUCUCCUAAGAAUUUCUUUAGUACCUUGACACCCAAGAAGCUGAAAAAGACCCGCUCUCAAGUUGAGUGA